CCUCUGGCGUACAGCAGACGGUGAAUCUCUCUUAUGCAUGAUGGGCUAAACCAGAAUUGGAAUAAUGGCUAUUUUUACGCGCAACCCCCAAGUGAACCCUGGAGACCCUCGAAAUCAGCCAAGCCCCAGGCGGGCUGACGUCCCCUUACAGCCGCUCUAAUACAAUCCCGCUCCUACAGCCAAAUAGAAUAAGUGUCCUCCUCUCGCUCGCGAGUCCGCUCUCUCCCUCUUCCACUGUGUGCAGCGUUCACGUCCAGUCUCAGUUCCUUCUGUUUUUGCGCCCAAUGCGACUUCCAUUCUCUACACUGUCCUAAUAUCAGGCCGCGCAACCCGCUGCGCACGCGACACGCAUACACGUACACCAUGGUCGCAGGCGGAGGUAGUAUGGGAGGAGGGCUUUCGGCGCAGGCACAAUGGUCUGGGACGCCGUCUGUCAAAGGCUCUUCUGAGGCUAUGAAGAUGGCGCUGUUGACGCUGUCGCUCGUUGGUCUCCAGGUCACCUGGAAUGUCGAGAUGACAUACUGCACGCCGUACCUCCUCGAAUUGGGCUUGACAAAGUCCAAGAUAUCCCUCGUUUGGGUCGCCGGACCCCUAUCUGGCCUUAUCAUGCAGCCUAUCGUCGGUGUCGUCGCGGAUAGAUCCAAAAGCCGCUGGGGCAGAAGAAGACCGUUCAUGAUAAUCGGUACCGUUCUGGUGUGCAUGUUCCUGCUAUUGCUCGGAUUCACGAAAGAGGUGGUGCAGCACUUCGUAAAGGACAAGGAGAGUGCCAAAAGCGCCACAAUCGUCCUCGCUGUGUUGAGCAUCUACGGAAUUGACUUCGCGAUCAACGCUGUGCAAGGGAGCUGCAGAGGCCUCAUUGUGGAUACACUACCGAUUUCGAAACAACAGAGCGGCAGCAGUUGGGCCAGUAGGAUGGUCGCUGUGGGAUCACUGGUGGGAUAUGCUGCGGGGGCUCUUGACCUGAAGAAGGUGUUUGGACCAAUGCUUGGAGACUCGCAGUUCAAGCAAUUGACCUCCAUAGCCGCGUUGUGUCUCUGCAUUACCGUAGGAAUUACUUCGUGGGCAGUGACCGAGCGCGUGCUCAUCCACGACGGGAAAGAGGAGGGAGAAGAAUUCGGUCCGCUGCAUGUUCUCUCUGAGAUUGCGCAUACCGCCAUGAAUCUGCCCCGGAGCAUCCAAGCUAUCUGCUAUGUUCAAUUUUGGGCAUGGAUUGGCUGGUUUCCGUUCCUCUUCUAUUCAACUACCUGGAUUGGAGAGGUGUAUUUGCGCUACGAUGCCCCUGCAGACGCCAAGGCUGCGGGUGACUUGACGGGUCAGGUUGGUCGUGUCGGGUCGAUGGCUUUGAUCGCGUUCUCCAUCAUUACGUUCAUCAUGUCCGUGAUACUACCCUUCUUCGUCAAGAGCCCAGAUGAAGAAGGUCCCGGAUUUACGCCGCGCCCACCUGCAAGCAUCGCAGGUUUUGUGACGGAGUUCGAGAAGUAUAAGCCGUCUCUGCUCACGACUUGGACUGUCUCUCAUUGCAUUUUCGCUGGUUCCAUGAUCAUGGCCCCAUUCGUUCAGUCACUAAGAAGCGCGACUAUUAUAGUAGCUGCAUGUGGCAUUUCGUGGGCCAUCGCUUGCUGGGCCCCUUUCACCUUCCUGGGCGUAGAAAUCAACCGUUUGUCUCAGACAGGCCACUCCUACGGACAUCUGGGGCGCAACUCAAUUGAGCUCGAGUCGCCUGUGCAGCUGCAUCUCAACCAUGGUCUUGAGGAAGCGUCUGGGUCAACCGGAGAAAGCUCCGGAAAGUAUCUCGGCAUCAUGAAUCUGUAUACAACACUCCCACAGUUCGUCGGCACAGGUAUUUCAUGGGUUGUGUUUACUCUGCUGGAACCGGGUAAAAGCCCGGAGCUCUCAAAAGAGAGUGAUCCUUCAGAGCACCACUCGACGGACGGACCGAAUGCUAUUGGAGUGUGUCUCUUCAUUGGCGCAGUAUGUGCAGUAUUCGCAGCAUUGGCAACUCGGCGCUUGAAGCGUCUGCAAGGACAUUGAGGUCACAUAUAUUAUUUAACGUCCGAGGGUCUCAACACGCAGGAAGGCCAACCGAUGGCCAGCUGCUAUUUUUGGCCAAGGUCGACGCUAUGGUGACGGCGGCGAUGCAGCGUUUUUUUUCUUCGGCCGAUCCGCUUUGUUCUAGAAGGCUUGCCGGUGCACGGGCUUACUGGCGUUCGAUACCAGGGUAGACUUUAGAUGCACGGUGCGGUGUAUAACAAUGCGAGUGAACGGAAUAUACCC